AUGACAACCCGUCAUCUUGAUAUUUUGGACGAUCUAGCACGGGACCUGGAAGUACGUUCCUAUGGUCUUCAAAAUGCACGGAGACUGGCCAAGGGCUACGAAGAUCUCGUGGUUGUGCUUAUCGAACCUACCGAUAAAGCUGAAGAGGAGCCAUAUCAAGAGAUGCUAGCAGCUUCAAAGACACUGCUUUGCAUUAAUGAAACCCUGCAAUUUCCGUCCGGUGGCGAAAGAGACAUCGAAAACACUAUUAUUUUGGAUGUCAGGGCAUUUCGAAGCAAUUUUAUUCGAACCAGCCAAGGUCUGGAGGAUUGGAUCCGCGACGACGACUUGGUGUACGGCAAUUUAGAGAAAUUUAUGAGCUGUUUACGUCCUCGCGUGGUUAUUUUCUGUCAAUUCGUGACAGAUGAAGCGAAUAACAAAUUCGUGAAAGGACUUUGUUCGUCUAUCAAGGAAGCCGGUGACGUAUACCUCCAAACUCUCCCAAACGAACACGAAUGCCUGUUCAUUAAAAUCUUCCAUCCUAUGCACUGUGAAAGAUCGAAAGAUGAUGCGCUGAAGAGGGUUAUGGAUGAGUAUUUACUCGAAGCCACCUUUAUCAUCGCGUUGAAUGCACUGGCUGGUUAUCGGAUAUCUGGCAUUGGGCUCAAGAAUCUCAGAAAUUGUGCGCAAGAUGGACCAGCUGUCAUUUUUGCCCCCGAGGGAGUCUAUGUCUCCUAUCAUUGGGACGGCAAAUUUGAAAGGGCUUGGUUUGGUGCUAUUUUGGUCCAAACCCUCGUGAUUGGUAGUUGA